CGCACCGUGCAGCGCACACAGUCGACAGAAGGCGGAAGCUGGAAUGCUGUGUACCACCCCGACACGGACUGAGAAGACCGUCAAAUAGUCGGAGAAAACUCGAGUUUUAGGAACAAGAGAAGAGUCUGGGGUGAGGUGAAAAUGUAUUUCCUCGCGGUGUUCGUCCUUUUGGGGACAGGACUGGCGGUAAACUGCGAGAUGCAUUCCCUCACUUACAUCUACACGGCCCUCUCCAAACCUGUUGGACUCCCGGGCAUCCACGAGUUCACAGCCAUGGGAAUGCUGGACAACAGGAUGAUUGACUACUUUGACAGUGAGACCCAGAAAAAAGUUCCCAAACAGGAGUGGAUGAGAGACCGACUGCCUCCAGAUUACUGGGAAAAAGGCACACAGUCCCGCCAGAGCAAGCAGCAGUGGUUCAAAGUCAACAUUGAAAUCCUGAUGAAGCGAAUGAAUCAGAAUGAUUCAGAUGUCCAUGUUCUUCAGUGGAUGCACGGCUGUGAAGGCGAAACGCAAACUGACGGCAAAAUUAAGUUCCGCCGUGGCAUGGACAUGUACAGCUACGAUGGAAACGACUUCUUGUCCUUCGACGACGCCCACGCCGUCUGGGUUGCACCGAUUGAUGCCGCAGUCCAGACCAAGAGGAAGUGGGAUGAGGUUCAGGUCCUAAAAGAAUACACCAAAGGCUACCUGGAGAACGAGUGUGUGGAUUGGUUGGGAAAGUUCACAGAGUAUGGGAAACAGCAGCUAAGAAAAGCAUCUCCUCCAAAGGUGUUCUUGUUUUCAAAGAACAGCCAAGUCGAGACAAACGUCAUUUUGACAUGCCUGGCCACAGGUUUCUAUCCAAAAGACAUCACCCUGCAGAUCAGAAGGAAUUACCGUAUUCUAACCAGAGAGGACGGAGUGUUCUCCUCAGGCGCUCGACCAAAUGAAGACGACACCUUCCAAAGAAGAGACAGCGUGGAGAUUUUAAGGAGUGACAUGUCUACAUACACCUGUGAAGUCAUUCAUCCCACAUCUGGGGUUCAUGUUACAAGAGCUUGGGAUCAUAAACUUCCUGCAGACACUGGAGGAGCUAUCAUUGGUGGGGCGAUUGGGGCCCUGAUCUUGUUGGUGAUCGUGGUCGGUGUGGUGCUGGUUGUCUUGUAUAAAAGACGCACGAUCGGAUCAGGCAAGUCCUUCAGCAGUGUUUCCACCGGUGGCUCCGAUCAGACACCUUACAAAGUAGUUGUCUCCACGGUCUCAAACCCAGGCGCCGCGAAUGCACCUCGCAAGGGCUCAGAUGGAUCUCUCUACAGCAGUGGCUCUAGUGGAACUUCUGACUCUGGCGUUGGUGGUGAUACCGACAGAAACCCCACCCCUGAGUCCGAAACCCUCCUCAAUGAGACGAACAGGGAGGAGCAAGUCUGAAGUAACUGCAGUUAAUGCAGUUUCUAUCAGAGUACACUGAGGCUCACUGUGCUCUCUGGAACCAAAUUUACCAAUACAAAGAACUUUACAAUAGGGUGGAAAUUAAACGGGGUCUUUGAAAAUCAACAAAUAGAAAGUACUUAUAUAUUCUAAAAAGAGUCUCUGGAAAAUCUUCCUGGCAGUAAGAGAACUAGGUUUGAACUUUGAAUGAGUUAAAUUCAAACAGUAUCAAAGUGGUGUUGUGUUGUAGCACUUUGUAGCUUUGAAAACAAAUGGAUAAGAUCUGAAAUACAGUGCUAGUGUUGCUAGUUAGGUGAGCUUGGUUUUUUGUUGUUGUUUUUUUUCAGUUGGAAAUUCAGGAAAGUGAUUAGAAAAGUAUGACCCGUAAGAAACUUAACAAAUGUGAAUUCUGAAGCACCUUGAAGAAACUUCUGAAAAAUCUACACAUAUAAUUACAGUGGUUUUACUCCAAGCCAAACAUUUAAAACUAGAUGCAGGCAAGAAUUUAGGCGUUAUCAGUAAAAUUGGUGGAGCUAUUGGUGGAGAUGUUAAUACUUAAUUAACAUUGUUCUCAAAUCUCAAUGGAAAUAAUAACCGAGAGAUUAUAGAUAAGAUGUAAAAAAAAAAAAAAAACAGGUGUGAAAAGUGUGUAAGGACAGUCUGUCUGUGGAACACUGGGGGGUGUGGGCUGGUUUAAAGAGGGAGGAAAUUUUUGAGGGUUCUCUGUGGAUCCUGGUAUCUACAAAUGUUUAAGUAUUGAACUGCUUGCAAGAGUCCUUGGCAAGAGCUUUGAAUUGAAUGACCGAUUGUAAGUCCUGUCCCCCCCUAGUUACCAUUGCUAGGUCCAACGAGCCCGACAGAAAGAGAUAUGGCGAUGCUGUUUCCAUUUAGCCAGGUGUUGCAGUGUUUUCUGAGUCUAAUAAGCUGAAUCAAUGUUUAUUUACAAUAACUUUUGGGUAGAAAACCCCGUACCCACAUACAUCCAAUCAAACGACGCUUAGCAAACACUGCCUCAAUUGAUUUGUUUCAAGCCAUCUUUAAUAAAGGCAAUCUAUACACAGAGCAGCGCUUAGAUAGCGUCUUGGCGUCAGACAAUAUAGCUUCAAGAAGUGGACACUUAGGGCUACAGUAUGCGAUGGAAAGAUAUAUUUGAAAUGACAUCAUGUCUGUCCAAAUAACACCAACAGUUCAGGCUACUAUGUGGUGGCUUGUAGCCUUAGAGCGAUGAUAAUUAGCAGUGAAACAUUAGCCCUGAUCUCUUAAGGCUCACGAUAAUUCAUGUCAUCUUAAAAAUACGUCAGCAAACAACCAUGUGUCCUUUUCUAAGGUUGGAAGGUUGUGACAGUCAGCCACAUAUUUUAACCAUCUUUAAAAUUUGGUUUUCUUGUCAACAUAGAUGAGCCUAGCACAUAGCAUCUCUAAGUAGAAUAGGAAAGAGUAAAAUUGACUGAGGCUCUGCUGAACUUUGCUCAGUUGUGCUCUCAACUGAGCACCGGGCGAAAUGGAAAGGCUAAUUGGAUAAGAAAUACUUUGAAAGAAAGAAGAAAUAACUAUUAAAAGAAAUGUUUAAGUGCAGUUUUGAAGGACCAUGUCAGUGCCUUGCUUAAUUAAUCAGAGGAAAACCAACAUUUAACUUCUGCAGUGGUUGUCAUUUGGCUUUGUUUUAUGUCAGUAUGUUAUGACAGUAAACCUGCAGUGAAGUUAGACUAGCUGCAGAUAAUCAGCAAUCAACUGCACUUAUUACCACUCAGAGAAAACUGAGGAAAUACUUAUAAUGUGAUUAAAAUAAACGGCCUACAAUUUACAAAUACACUGGUAUCAUGGAAGUAGGCUGAAAAUUAAAUGGGAACACUGGCAUUUUUCAACCUGGACCCUAUUUUGACAUAUUAUUGUGUGUGCAAUAAUGGUACAAUAAUUUCUGAAACUGGUCCAAUGAUGAGAGAGUGCGCUGCAGCAGGCAGCUGUGAAACAGGCUGCGAUGUAACAACUCAGGGCAGGUGCGCGAGUCAACAACCACUGACUUUUUGCCACUGACAGAUUGUUCUUAUGAGUGUCUUACAAUAUUACGGAAAUGAUCCAACAGACAAAUGUAAAGUUUCUCUUCUCUUUAGCGAGACUUGGACAUAAAACACAACGGAACAAGUGGAAGGUGUAGGGUCCUUUCUGUAAUAUUCUAAGACACCAAGACAAUCAGAGCUCGUCAGUGGCAAACAAAAAAGCACUUUCACUUGUUGCAAUGGGGCACAGCUGCCCCGGUGGUUACAUAGUAGCCUGUUUGGCAGGUAUCAGCUGCAUCACUUUCUCUCAACACUGGACCACUUUAAAAAAAAACUGUUGUUCCCGUGAGUCACUGUGUGACACAAAAACACAGGAAAAUAGGAUCCAAGCUGAAAAAUACCAGAGUCCCCCUUUAUUAAUUGUCAGUCACAAAGGUUUAGCCUGGCUUAAAAAUAAGUACUCAGUGUAUUUCACUGAAUGAUUAGCAGGGAUAAUUUAAAACAUGGUGUAGGUUGUCAUUUAAUAAUCGCUGUUGUAAAUACAGUUAUAGUGAGCUUGUAGAGCUAAGUUGCAAAAUGCAUUUUGGAAGCUUUAAAUGUGCAAGUUUAUUGAAUAUAUCUGCCCUGUUAGAAUAUGCUCCUGUCACUAAGAAAUAAAUCCAGUCCUCUUGUUGGUGUGCUUGAUUUAUUGUUAUGACAUUUUAGACCUCUUAAUAAUGAAUUGUACUGCUUGUUAUCCAAGAUAAAAAUGAAUUAUGUUUGCAAAAGCAAUUUCACUUUAAACUGAUCAGUUUAGUCGGUAAGAUACAGACAGACUUCUUAUAUUGUGUGUGCUCCUAGUGGCUUUCCAAAUACAUUUAUGAGGUAUUGUGUGUCUUCAGCAAAUGGAUUUUACACGUUUUCUCUUUUGGGUUCUUGGUUGCUUGUGUAGUUGACAAAUAUGAAAAUGUUGCUAUCCAUCUGAUGAAUCAGCUUUUUUUUUUCCACAAUUACCUGUGUAAAAAAAAAAAAAUCACUUCUGUCGAAAUAUGUUUUUUAAAUCACAAUAAAAUAUUUCUAAAAAUGA